GUUGCAGCAGAAAUAAAAAAGAAAUAAAAAAGAAAUCAAAUAAAAAUAAGAUAAAUUAAAAAAAAAAAGCUCGUCAAGCUAAACUCAGCACGCGCCGUGUCUUGCAGACGUCAUGUAAAAGUGUUAAAGGCGCAAGAGCGGAGGUGAGUGAGUCAGUGAAAAAAGUAAAAAAUUUUACAAUUUUUUUUUACGUGAAAAAAGACGCGCUGAGUAAGUCAGCCAAGUCAGUGCAAGUGGGAUUGCAAGUGCAAAAGUACUGACUGUUUUCACCACUUAUUCGUUUGUAGAGGCGUAGCAAAUUAUUCACAGCACACACGAGAGAGGGAGAGAGUGUAAGAAGCAGGUGAAGAAGCCACAACUACUACAUUUGGUACAAGCCAAGUGUUGAGGGAACCAACAUACAUACAUACGAGCACCUACUCAACUAGCGGCGCAAGUAAAUAUGAGUGCGCGUUUUUAAGCUUAAAAUGUUGUUGAAGAGCAUAGAAGGAGCCAGCAACAAUUACAACAACAAAAUUGCAUGAAAAUACAGUGACUACAAAAACAAAAAAAAAACAACCAACCACAAACAGCAUGAACCGUGUUUGAAUUGACAUAGUGGGUGCUAACAGAACACUAAAAUCAAGCAUUACAACAACAACAACAACAUAAAAUUAUACUACCAACGACGCGCAUAAGGAAAGUCCAUUCGAGCGCCAUAAAGACAGCACCAACCAGACUUUUUCACCCUCGCAACCCAGUCAUCAGUGAGAUGUCGUUAGCUGACUCCUUGUGAGGAUAUCAACUGCUCUUCGCACACCGUGACUUAUCCCAAGUCGUUUCGAGACUCUCACCAUCGGCAGCACCAUAAUCAUCAUUAUCCCGGGCUCCUCGUACUUGCCACUGCAUCCGGUUAAGAUUCAUAUACACACAUACAUAUUCCACUCACUGCAGGAGGCCAGUUGCCCAGGCGCUGAUGUUGCAAUAUUAGAGCUAUAAGUGAACGUUGAAAUCAAAUCCCGUAUAGCUUUAAAUGAAAUAUUAAUAUCUGCCAUCAUUCGUUGGGCCAAGUUCGUGUGUGUGUGUGUGUCGGCGUGUGCGAGCAAAGUGACUUUUCCGCCAGGCAAAGCAACUUGACUGCAAUAUAAAUAUUAUAUAAUAUUCGAUGUAAUAAAUGGUGGAAACAUACUACAUAUAUACUCAUAUAUACAUACAGACAAACAUACUCUGCGACGACAACAACAAAUAUUUAAACGCACAAUCGCAAAAAAAAAGUAAAAAAGGCAAAAAAACUGAACUAAAAACACGAAACGCUAACAUUUCAAAGGGCAAAGGCAAAAAAGCAAAAGGCAAACUCAAAAAAAAAAACUGCAGAAAAACAAAAAAAAAAACAUAAAAAAGUUACGCCCAACACUUCUCAACUCAACGAGUAGUUCAGCGUAGAGAAGAGAUUUGCAGCAUUUUCAACGCUUUUUCGCUGCACUUCAAAUUCAUAACUUUUGCUCUGUGUGUGUUGCUGCAACUUUGUCGUUCUCUUCACGAGUGUGUGCGUGUGUACGCUUUCUUCGCCCGUUAAGGAGCAGAAUUUUCUCAACAAAAUGCGUUUGCAAUAUCGCAAUAAAAAAGCCACGCUAUGGCUAAUGCUGGCCAUUGUCGUCCUCACUAUGUUCCUCUUCAAAUUCACCGAAUUCGCGCCAACGUGUUUCUUCAAGAACGACAUAACGUCAGCGGAUGGAUCGAUGAUGGUGCGCGAAGAGAAAUACGUAAUGGAUGAAGAGCAAAAAACCUACUCAUAUGGCCGAGAAAUGCCGUUAAUAUUUAUUGGCGGUGUGCCCAGAUCGGGGACGACGCUGAUGCGCGCAAUGUUGGAUGCACAUCCGGAUGUGAGAUGUGGCCAGGAGACACGUGUCAUACCACGUAUACUGCAAUUACGUUCACAUUGGAUGAAAUCGGAGAAGGAAUCGAUGCGACUAUUGGAGGCGGGCAUCACCAAGGAGGUGAUGAACGGUGCAAUAGCGCAAUUUUGUUUAGAAAUCAUCGCUAAGCAUGGCGAGCCAGCGCCAAGGCUGUGCAAUAAGGAUCCGUUGACGUUGAAGAUGGGCUCCUACGUGAUAGAACUGUUUCCAAAUGCGAAAUUCCUGUUUAUGGUAAGAGAUGGGCGCGCCACAGUGCAUUCAAUCAUCUCGCGCCAUGUGACGAUAACCGGCUUCGAUUUGACCAGCUACCGGCAGUGUAUGCGGAAGUGGAACUUUGCCAUUGAAGUGAUGCACAACCAAUGCAAGGAGAUCGGCAAGGAGCGUUGCAUGAUGGUUUACUACGAGCAAUUGGUUUUGCAUCCCGAGGAGUGGAUGCGAAAAAUAUUGAAGUUCUUGGAUGUACCAUGGAACGAUGCGGUGUUGCAUCAUGAAGAAUUCAUCAAUAAACCAAAUGGCGUGCCACUCUCAAAAGUGGAACGCUCCUCGGAUCAGGUCAUCAAGCCGGUGAAUUUAGAAGCACUCUCCAAAUGGGUUGGUAAUAUUCCAGAAAAUGUGGUACGCGAUAUGGCCGACAUAGCGCCCAUGUUAUCGGUGCUCGGUUAUGAUCCAUAUGCGAAUCCACCGGAUUAUGGUAAGCCAGAUGCAUGGGUACAGGAUAAUACGUUUAAGGUAAAGGCCAACCAGCAACUAUGGGAAAAUAAAGCCAGAAAUGAGCUGCAUCUGGUACAACAUCAAAUACCUAAGGAGCCUCACAACGCACAGGAAGCGGAUGACAAAAAUAGUAACAACAAUAACAACAACAGCAACAAUCCGAAACGACGUUAUGUAAGCACAAGCAACAAUAACAACAACAAAAACAACAAUGAUAUAAAUCGUCACGAUAACGCCAAUAAUCAAGCCGUAAUGGACUAUGAGGAUGACAACACUUAUACUAAUACAAAUACCAACAACAACAACAACAAUGGUAAAAACAAUCCAUCACAACAGGAUGAGCAAGAGGAAACACGCGGCGACGAUGAUAAACUUGUGUGGGUAAAACCGUUAACUAAAGGCGAAAGUAUUAGUAGGCAGCAUUUGGAGGCAAAAGGAGGCUCAGCGGGAGCGCACAACACCAACACUGACACAGAUACAAACACAGACACAGAUACAGAUGCGGAUAGGGAUACAGAUACAGAUAAACGCGACCAGCAGCGUACAUGAUAUCAACCAUUCGGCGAUAUCGCACAACCGCCACAAAAGCUACAGCAACAGCAACAGCAGCAACAGUACCAUCGACAGCGGAUAGUGCUGCCGGCGCGUCGUUCGAGUUAUCGGCGUCGUUUGCGUCGUAAUCAUUAAACACACGCAUGCGAGUACAUACAAUACAUGUUUUGUAAUAUAAAUUCCAAACCACACACAUAAAGCUUCAUAAACACACACAUAUACACAUAAACAUAAUUGGGACGCUAUUGAUUUCCGACCUCGGCUUCGAAUGUCCGGAAUAUAUUUUACACUUUGAUUUCCGUAAGACCGAAUUGAAAAGCUUUCGCACCCUACUCAACUGCUUAACAUUCCAAACUAACAACACUGGGCCUUUGAAGACUCGAACCUUUUUUUGACUUUAGUUUUGUAGAAAGGAAAAAAAAACCAAAAAAAUAAGAAAACAGAUUUUCACCUCGGAUUUUUAUAAACCCUUUCGCAGCAACCCUAAUACACAUAUUAACAAUAAAUAUACAUCACACAUACACACCUACACUUUCAUACACACUUACACUUCAAUUGAAACUCAUUCAUAUUGUGUACUAAGCUGAAUUGUUGGCGGCGCUGAACUAAAAUGAACUGAAGUGAACUGAGGUGUUGAUCCGCGGUCCACAAACACACACAUCGACACACACACACACAGACGACACUCUCACACAGAGCCUCGAAUUUAGUACACUGACAAUGACAAUGACUAUGGUGACAAUCCCAUUGAGUGGAGAACGCGAACACACGGGAAGUGCGCUCGCAGAGCGGAAACGGAAGUCUACAACUCGUCGGCAGUUUACAAUAAAUGAGAAAUAAACGUAACUUUCAAUUGAAUGGUUUGCGCGAAUAAUGGCAGCACAGAAUGAAAGCAGUAAAAAAGAAAAGAGAAAUGAAAA